AAAGUUUUUGGUGGUGGGCCUCAUGAUUUUCGGAGCCUUCGCCGUGGGCUUGAGGGCCGCUAACUUGGAGACGGACGUGGAGAAACUCUGGGUGGAGGUGGGCGGACGUGUGAACCAGGAACUGAGGUACACACGGCAGAAGAUCGGCGAAGAGGCCAUGUUUAACCCUCAGUUGAUGAUCCAGACGCCACGGGAGGAGGGAACCAGCGUCCUCACGGUGGAGGCGCUCCUGCAGCACCUGGAGUCGGCCCUGCGAGCCAGCAGAGUUCAUGUUUACCUUUAUAGCAGACAAUGGAAAUUAGAAAAUUUAUGCUACAAAUCAGGAGAUCUUGUCACGGAAAUUCCUUAUAUGGAUCUGUUCAUAGAAAAGCUACAUCCCUGCCUCAUCAUCACCCCUUUGGACUGUUUCUGGGAGGGAGCCAAGCUCCACUCUGGAAUGCUCUAUCUCCAAGGUAAAGACCCUCUUCAGUGGACCAACUUGGACCCUAAAGACUUCCUUGAGGAAUUGCGAGGGACCAAUAUCGCCGUGGACGCCUUUGAGGACAUGUUGGAAAAGGCAGACGUUGGACACGGCUACAUGGAUAGACCCUGUCUGAACCCUGCUGACCCCGACUGCCCCCUCACCGCGCCUAACAAGAACUCAACUAAGCCGUUCGAUGUGGCGCAGGCCCUGAACGGCGGCUGCCAUGGUCUGUCCAGGAAGUACAUGCACUGGCAGGAGGAACUCAUUGUAGGAGGGACCACCAAGAACGGCAGCGGACCCCUGCUCAGUGCCCAGGCCUUGCAGACCAUGUUCCAGCUGAUGACUCCCAAGCAGAUGUUCGAGCACUUUCGGGGCUACGAUGCUGUUUCCCACAUCAACUGGAACGAGGAGAAGGCAGCAGCCAUAUUGGAAGCCUGGCAGCGGAGAUACUCUGAGGCGGUGCUGCAGAGUGUGGCAGCAAACUCGUCUCAGAAGGUCUUGUCCUUCACCUCAACCACUCUGGAAGAUAUCCUCAAGUCCUUCUCUGACAUUAGUGUCAUCCGCGUGGCCAGUGGAUACCUGCUGAUGCUGGCCUAUGCGUGUCUGACCAUGCUGCGGUGGGACUGUGCCAAGUCUCAGGGCGCCGUGGGGCUGGCGGGCGUCCUGCUGGUGACUCUGUCGGUGGCAGCGGGCCUCGGCCUCUGCUCCCUCCUCGGCAUCUCCUUCAAUGCUGCAACCACGCAGGUGCUGCCCUUCUUGGCUCUGGGAGUCGGAGUGGACGACGUCUUCCUCCUCGCUCACGCCUUCAGUGAGACCGGACAGAACAAGAGGAUCCCGUUCGAGGACCGUACGGGGGAGUGUCUGAAGAGGACCGGGGCCAGCGUGGCCCUCACCUCCAUCAGUAACGUCACAGCAUUCUUCAUGGCAGCCCUCAUCCCCAUCCCGGCACUCCGAGCCUUUUCUCUGCAGGCUGCAGUGGUUGUGGUGUUUAACUUUGCCAUGGUGCUGCUCAUCUUUCCCGCCAUCCUCAGCAUGGACCUCUACCGUCGAGAGGAGCGACGUUUCGACAUCUUCUGCUGCUUCUACAGCCCAUGUGCCAAUCGUGUGAUCCAGAUCGAGCCUCAGGCGUACCUGGAUGGAGCGGACGGGAGUCGUUACAGCCCUCCCCCGUCCUAUCGCACCCCACCUCCCACCUAUCGCACUCCUCCCCCGAGCUACAGUAGCCCUCCUCCCUCCUACAGCAGCCAUGGCUUUGCCCAGCAGACUGAAAUCACCAUGCAGUCCACGGUGCAGCUCAGGACAGAGUAUGACCCCCGAACUCAGGUCUUCUACACCACAGCCGAGCCCACUUCCCAGAUCUCCGUCCAGCCCAUCAACACGGCUCAGACCAGGAGCAACCCAAGUGACUAUUACUGCAGCAACGCCAACAGGAGCAGCAGCAGCAAUCUCAACAACAACAAUAGCGGGAGCCGGGGCAAUGGUGGGUCCAGAGGUCCCGCCACCUUUCCCCACCAUCACCCCGCACCUCCUCCUGCAGCCCCCACUGCUAGCUCGCCUCCUCAGUGCGAUGCGGCCUCGUCGGCGGGUCAGAUCCCGGAGAACAACAGCUCCACACGGAACCUGUUGUCCCAGUUCGGAGAAGCCUCCCUGGGCCUGCGCUGCCUGGAGCCUCGCUGCUCCAGCUGGACUCUGGCUUCUUUUGCUGAGAAGCACUAUGCCCCGUUCCUCCUGCAGCCCACCACCAAGGUGGUGGUCAUUGUGCUCUUUCUCUGCCUGCUGGUCGUCAGUUUGUACGGGACCACCCAGGUGAAGGACGGCCUGGAGCUGACGGACAUCGUGCCCAGGGAGACCAGCGAGUACGACUUCAUCGGCGCCCAGUUCAAGUUCUUCUCCUUCUACAACAUGUACGUGGUGACGCAGCGGGCCGAAUACGCCAAGAUCCAGCCGCUGAUGCACCAGCUCCACCGGAGGUUCCUCACCGUCCGCUACGUGCUGAAGGAGGACAACGGGCAGCUGCCGCGCAUGUGGCUUCACUACUUCAGGGACUGGCUGCAAGGUCUUCAGCAGGCGUUCGACAAGGACUGGGAGGCCGGCCGCAUCACCCUCAACAGCUACAAGAACGCCUCUGACGAUGGCGUCCUGGCGUACAAGCUCUUGGUGCAGACGGGACGCAGAGAGAAGCCCAUCAACUUCAACCUGUUGACUCGUCAAAGGCUUGUGGACGCAGAUGGGAUCAUCAACCCCGGGCCUUUCUACAUCUAUCUGACCGCCUGGGUCAGCAACGACCCCGUGGCGUACGCGGCCUCGCAGGCCAACAUUCGCCCGCACCCCCCAGAGUGGCCCCACGACCGCACCGACUCCAUGCCCGAGACACGCCUCAGCAUCCCGGCUGCCGAGCCCAUCGAAUACGCACAGUUUCCCUUCUACCUCAACGGGCUCCGCGAGACGCCGCAGUUUGUGGAGGCCAUCGAGAGCGUGCGAGCCAUUUGCACCAACUACAGCCGACAGGGCCUGCCCUCCUACCCCAACGGCUACCCCUUCCUGUUCUGGGAACAGUACAUUAGUCUGCGCCACUGGCUCCUGCUGUCCAUCAGCGUCGUGCUUGCCUGCGUCUUUCUGGUCUGCGCGCUCUUCCUGCUCAACCCGUGGACCGCCGGCAUCAUCGUGUUGGUGCUGUCCCUCAUGACCGUGGAGCUGUUUGGCUUCAUGGGGCUGAUGGGAAUCAAGCUGAGCGCCGUACCGGUGGUGAUCCUCAUCGCCUCCGUGGGCAUCGGAGUGGAGUUCACCGUCCAUGUGGCCCUGGCGUUCCUGACAGCCAUAGGGGAUCGUCACAGACGGGCCGUGCUGGCAUUGGAGCACAUGUUCGCUCCGGUGCUGGACGGAGCCUUUUCUACCUUAUUAGGUGUCCUGAUGCUCGCAGGCUCCGAGUUCGACUUUAUCGUCAGGUAUUUCUUUGCCGUGUUGGCCAUUCUCACAGUUCUGGGAGUCCUGAAUGGUCUCGUACUUCUCCCGGUGUUGCUUUCAUACUUCGGCCCCUAUCCAGAGGUAACACCUGUGGAUGGUCGUAGCCGGUUACCGACCCCGUCCCCAGAGGCCCCUCCUCACGUGGUCCACUUCUCAGUCCGACCUCACCACACAACCACGGCCACCAUCUCUGGUGCAGCCUCAGACUCUUCCGACUCGGAGUACAGCUCCAACACCACGGUGUCCGGCAUCAGCCAGGAGGUGCAGAACUACAACCUGACCUCGCGCAGAGGGGCAACCCGAGCGGAGGAGCAGCAGUACCACCUCCAGACCAGCAGAGGCAGAGCAGUCAGGCCAGAUGAGGACAGAAGAGCAGGAUCAGGGCACAGGCGCUCAGCCAGACAGCCCGACCCGCCGGCCUAUGUGACUUCGUCCUCUCAGGGUUGUGAUUCUGGGCCCCAGCCAGGAGCCACUCAUCGCCACAGCAGCAGGAACCCCAAGAGCCAGCUGCACUGGCAGGCCCCGCCCCCAGCCCGCCCGCGCAUGGACGCUUUUGAAACUCCUACUGAGGCUGGGGGCCAUUAUGGCUCAAACAGCCAUAGAGAACACUCAGCAGGCCACAGAGCCCGCUCAUCCCACAACCCACAACCUAAUCACCACCUCCCACACCACCACCCCAACUCUACCCCAUAUUGCCAACCCAUCACUACGGUAACGGCGUCGGCCUCCGUCACCGUUGCCGUUCACCCGGCCCCCUUGUCCAACCAGGGCCCCUCCACUUCCUCUUACCCAGGGUACACUGCAACAGACAGUUACUGCCCCUCAGGGCCGGAGGCGCCCGAGGCUGCUUUCCAGGACCCGCACGUGCCGCUGGACCUCCAGACGGGGGCCAGGGGAGACACGGUGGAGGCCAUGGAGCUCCAAGAUUUGGAGUUUGAGGCAGCUGAGAGCAACCACGGCAGACGGGCGAGCUGAGUUGUGGGGAACGGAAGUACAACGGCCAAAGAUGGACUCCUCUCUAUUACUAAGCAGCUGACCUGGCCUGGCACAGCCCGGCUCACCACCCCCAACCCCCCCGGCCUUAAAAAGCGAAAGACUCGCCAGUGUUGCCGUCAUGGUCAUGGUGCUCAUUAUUACUGUAACCCAGUGGACUAUUGUCUUAGAUAUUAGAUUCUAUCAAUAUUUAAAAGAUGUAUACAUAUGUAAAUAUGAACAAAAAGUAGCUAUAAUUUUAGGAGCCGUACAACUCCUCAUGGUAACAGACUGGGGCUGCCAUUUUAUAUGGUGUGUGUAAGAGUGUGUGUGCGUGUCUCUGUGUGUGAGUGUGUGUAUGUGUGUGAGAGAGAGCGAGAGAGAAAGAGAGAGUGAGAGAGAGAGAUAGAUUUCUGAUUACUGUUCACUCAUCUGUGGAUCUGUGCCAUUAGGAAGCUUCAUCCAGACAAAUGUACCUGUCAGCACGCAAUGUUGCUGCUCAAAAAUAUUUUUUUUAAAUGAUAUACAUUUAUAACUCUAUGCAAAUGUCUUUUUAAACAAAAGAAGUGAUCUGUCUUCUUAUAUGUGUGUGUGUGCGUAUACAUGUGUUUGUGUAUGUGUGUGAAUGUGUGUGUUCGUAUACAUGUGUUUGUGUGCGUGUAGGUUCUAUGAUGUGAAACAGCCCCAUUAUUUUCUGCCUUCUACAUCAGAUUCAUCCUCAGAACAGACUAACAUUUACACUCAUUUAAAACAUGAGGGAAAUUGUUAGUCAUCAAACAGGGCCAUGGUAUAUGUAUAUUUAUAUAUAUAUACAUAUAUUUGUGUGUGUGUU